CUGUCGCCUAAACUGUGGACAGUUUCAUGCAGGUCACGAAAAUCUUUGGUCAAACGUUAACAGUCAAACAUUUGAAAGGUAUCCCUCAAAUAAAACGCCAAGACAUGUACAACAAUAAAGCCUUAUCAACUAAAACGACUAAUCUUUAAUUCCCAAUCAACGAGACAAGUUCAUUAAAAUGAAAGCUGUUAUAUUCCUUGUUUCGAUUAUUUAUCUGGCAGAAGCGGGAAUCGAGUUAAAAGGUGAUGAUAUGGAAAGCCCGGACAUUUCCAAGAUAGCAAGAACGAGCACAAAGAUAAUCGUUUUCUGGAAUCACAUAUCGAGUCGCAAGAUAAAAAAGUACACAGUUUGUUAUGGAAGAACAAUCAACGAUGUCAAAGAUUGUUUGUCAGGAAAAGUAGUGGAUGGCAAUAAUGAUUACGCGAUUAUUCAUAACCUGGAUGCGUUCACAGACUACACUAUGGUUGUAAGAACAACCACCAGCCGAAUUAGUUUCAAAUAUGUAUACGGAAAUCCGGGCAAAGCGUUGACUGUAAAAACAUCUUGUGAAACUGACAUGGACUGCAAGAGCGAUACAUUGAGAUGUCGAUAUUGUAGUUGCGUGUGUAAAGAUGACAGUGAGCAAUGCAGAGUCGGUCCAGAAAUUUACAGAACAGAACGAACGAGCAGCACGUUGCAGGUCUACUGGAAUCAUCAGGAUGAAAACGUUGCAGGAUACAUUGUUGGAUUCUUUGAGUUGAAAUCGUCUGGACCGAACGAUUGUUCUUCAGACGAAGUAACAGAAGUUGCCGGGGGAAUGAUCAAUGCUGUCCUAGUUGGUUUGAAAUCAUACACAGAAUACUCAGUUGCUGUUAAGGCACUUGACGACGAGGGUGUUCCAGGACAAUGGGGAAAGGCUGUCACAGUAACCACAACUUGUAAAACAAACGCUGAAUGCGCACAUCUGGGUCAUGCGAUAUGUUUGAACGGUAAUUGUGUAUGUGACGAUGGAUACAUCAUGGAUGGUGGACAGUGCAGAGGAAUAACUUGUGAGGAUCAGCCUUGUGGUAACAUCGGAAUAUGCGAGACAGACUUGGAAACAGGAGAAUUUGAUUGUAAAUGUCCGCGUGAAUCAUUUGGAAAUGGACAUCACUGCUAUAACACGCCAUGUUAUAGCUCGCCUUGUCAAAAUGGAGGAAGUUGUAAAGCGAAAAAGAACGCUACGUCUGAAGAGCCUACGUCUCAAGAUUACGAAUGUGUUUGUCCAGUAGGCUUCUCUGGUGAUAAUUGUGAAGUCAUGGAAAUAGAGUUUCCCUGUGAAAGGCGAAUUAUGGAUAUUCCUUAUUGUGAAGACGGCGGACCGACCACAGAAACAUGCGAUGACCAUCCAUGUCAGAACAAUGGUACAUGUUUACCAAUACAUACUGGCCAACACAACUACUUCUGUGAAUGCCGACCAGGAUUCGCCGGGCGUACAUGCGAAGCAGAAAUAAAUGAGCAAUGCGGUGGAAAAGGAAUUUGUAAAUUGAAGUUCAAGGAAGAAGGACAAUGUUUGAAAGUAGAAUGCAAUUGCUUCAUGGGAUAUAGCGGUGAUCAAUGUACCGUAGACGAGACAAACUGCAAUGAUAAGAGUGAUUGUAGAAAUGGUGGAACAUGUAACGCGGGAAAGAAGUGUGAUUGUGCUCUUGGUUUCAAAGGCGUUUUCUGCGACGAACGAGAACACCAAUCCUAUAUUAACUUUCCUCGGAUCCAUUUCGCUGGAAGAUUCCACAGUGACCCAUCAUCCGCAAAUAAUAAUCCGGAUAAUUUUGGUGCUGAAUACUUUUCCGGAAUGGACCAAGGAUGGAAUCCAAAUGGGGGAGCGACAUGGCGGGUGGUGGACACAAGAAUUACAAGAGUUUGUUAUGCAAACGAAGUUUGCACUUCUGGGGAAUACCAUGACCCUCUUAUUAACAAAAAACUUGAGGAUGGCAAUCUCGGCGCCAGUGCAAAGCUGGUUGACCUUGAUGUUGAAUUCCAAGCAUCAUCUCAAAUUUACGGUUGGUCAUUGCAAGUCAGAGACUUUUUUAAAGCAGAUUUUCAGCGUGUUGGGUUUCGAUAUAUGUGGCCGAAAAUGAAAGGGAGUGUUCAGAGUACGGAAAUAUCUGGAACCGCAUAUCAAAGUGUUCUUACAAAUGUUCAAUUUGGAACAAGAAGCGAAGAAUCUCAGAUAACGGGAUACUUAAAACAAUACUUAAAUCGUAGUAACAGAAAAGAAUUAUCAAUCCGUUUCAACGUUGACAUGUACGAUUCGUCGGUCACCUCAGAUAACUUCACGUAUGGAAGAAUCGUUGGUUCCAUUGGAAUUUCUGGUUAUAAUUCACCGCCGUUUGUCAAUUUUGGCCGUAUGCUAAAACGGAAUGGAAACAAUCCAAACUUUUGGGUCUCUCCCUUUGUUUAUGAUCAACAGAAAGGAUCUCUUUUUCUUGAUCUUGGAAAUAGUUUAGCUAUCACAGAAAACGGAAAUCUUGUGAAAUCAAUUGGAAACUUGGCUCUAGCGUAUUCUGAUAGGAGAGAAGACACAAUUAAAUGUCCGAAAACAUGGAAACCAUUUAGCCACAUAUAUUUUAGUGACUUGGAAAAGUACGAGCUGACUGCUGGAAUAUUUAAGCUGGAUGUUGGAGAUGUGGACUUGAGUGUAUCCAGAGUAAUUUUGGCAAAGGUAGAUGAUAAAGGAGGUUGUUCUGAGGUUGUCUUAGCAGAAGACAAAGAUGGUAUCUUCAUCCACCCUCUUACAAAUUGGCUAAUCCGCGCUGUGCCCGAGGAAUCUGUGACUGUUAAAUUGUUAAUGACUCUUUAUGGAAAGUACCCUUCCGAAGAAGAUUCCUUUCGGGUCAGCGUUUCCCCGUCUGGCACAAUCACCAAGAAGAAACGUGGAGUUUUUGAAUUCACUAAGACCACUGAAGACCCAAACCACGCAAGACUCUUCAUCGAUGGAAAGGUUUGUUUUUUCAAAUAUUAUUUAUCUGGAAGAACGCCGCCUGCAGAUGAUGAUUUUGAUUCCGCAAUUGUCAUACGUGUCUGGGACAAAUUUGAUGUUCCAACUCAGCCUAACUGGAUCAGACAUGUACAACCGAUUUUCAAACAAUAUGCAAAUUUGUAUCUUGUGAUGAAAAUAAACUUCAUGGAUCUUUCAAAUUAUUUUGAUGUUGUUGAAAACAAGUACGGAAUCAUAAAGACCAUGUCUGUUGACGUGGAAGAUCCACGUUAUAUGCCCGUCACAAGAGACAUGUCUCCAGGUAAAGUUCAGAUGAUUUUAAAAUGGCUAAAGGAUGAUCCACCCAGAUAUGGAUACUCAAAUCUCGGAAUAGACAUGUUCACAUUGAAAUACCUUCUCCAGACGGCACUUCAGUUGGAACACGCAACCAUUCCACCGUACUUGACAGGUUAUAUUUCAAUAAUGAAAGGUUAUAAUACUGAGGUGAAAAGCAUGUUGAAAGACAUUUUAAUUGACGAAAUGUAUCACAUGGCUCAAGUGUCCAACAUUUUGAAUGCGAUCGACGGAAAUCCCAACCUUUUUGCUCCGCAUUUUGUCCCGUCAUACCCCAGCUAUCUGCCUGGAGGAGUUCAUCCUGAUGUCAAAAUGACUGUAAACAAAAUCUCCAACCUUCAAAUUCGUGAUGUGUACAUGGUUCUAGAGACUCCGGCUAAGGAACUCGUAGAAAAUGGAUUGAUUAAAGCGGUUGAUCAAAUUAUUAGGGAUAAGUUAUUAGCAACAACCGCUGCCAAACCUAUCACUACACCUGACGCAUGCGAAGAUGUCUCAUCAUUGUACAAUGAUGCUGUUAAGAAAAACGAGGAUAUCAGAACAAACCACAACACAGUUGGUGGGUUGUAUACCACAAUUCUUAUCGUGAUGGCAAAACUUGAGUGUGAUGGAGUAUUAACUUUCAACGGUACGAAGCCUCAGCUCGAGAUAGGAGGGGAAAGAGGAAAGGAAGUGAUAAAAAUCCACGAUUUUGGGACGGCCAUGCAAGCUAUUAAAAAUAUCAUCGAGGAAGGUGAGGGAUCUUCGCCUUGUAAUCCGCUGGACGAGAGCACCGAUUUAUCUCAUUACUACAAAUUUGCGUCAAUCGCGAACAAGCGUCAUUUGAAGACGAUCGAAAAAGAUUCGAAGAACAAAUCCACCGUUUUUGAUAACGAAUGCACAGGACCGCAUGCAGACACUUUUGCAUAUAUUGGAAGAAUUCUGCCUUUCAGUGAAGAUGGUGUUUGGCCCAUCGUUGAUAAUCCAAUGAUGUUGAUGUACAAGGAAGGAAGUCGAGCUGAAAAUGUGGCAAAAUUAUUCAGCAAAUCGUAUUGGAGGUUGUUGAAAACAUUGCAAAAUGUUUUCGAUGGAAAAACGUUUCUUUUUGGCAAUACAGUAGCAAUCAUGAAAGAUCUGCUCAUCCAUGGUAACAGGUUGGUUCAAACACCAAUUGAAAAGAACGGAGAUCCUCAUAUUGGUCCGAAUGCAGGUCCUAUCUAUCCAACCGAAGAACCAGAUCUGUAAAUCCUUGUGAUUGAAGAGUUUGAUUUUUUUGUUGUGUGAAGGACAGUUAUUAAAGCAAUUUUUGUUCAUUUAGUAGGAUGCCAUUUUUAAUUUUAUAAAAAUGAAUACUAUUUUUCUUCGUGUAUUAUUAUGAUAAUAGCUUAUAAAAUUUCAUAUUUGUAAUGUUUUGCUAAGAAGCCACUGUUUCAUUAUAUAUCAUAUUAGUAUAAUUACAAACGUGAUUAUUGAAAGUUCCUCCUGCCUCUGACUGGUCGAGGGACCCCGGGUUCACCAUCAUCACCAAAAUAAUGCAGAUUUUGCAAAAUAGAGGCGAGUUGUUUUUUUCAAAGUGACAGAUCAUAACAAAAACAACGUACUUAAAAGUACAAAAUUAGAAAAAAUUCGGAUGCGUCACAUCCUAACGUUACGUACCGCGUGUGUGAGAAGGUCUUUGUCGAAAAUUUAUGAGAAUAAUAUGUCAAUUGUCAAAGUGAAUAUGGAGUUGAAGUGGAGAUUGAUAUUCUCUGUUGUCACUAGGCGACCGAAAGUCAUUUUGGACGAAUGGCAUGUUCAUUCCACAAACCUAAAAAAAUAUAUAUCACCUGCUUUGUUGUCUUUAUUGGCCCUGCAUCGCUACAACGACUCCUGAUUAACGUGAAGUCUUGCUUUCUUUACAAGAUUCACAGCAUUUUUAAUUUAGUCUAUACUCAUGCUUUCUUCAUAACCAUUCCUAUUGUAAAUUGACAACAAUUACUUUAUCUAUAAGGAUUAUUAUAUUUAUAACAAUCCUUCAUCAAAGUUUACAACGUUGAUUUUAAGGGCCGCUAUGAAUCAACGUUUGUAACAUAAAGCUGGAUGAAGGAAUCCGACUGUAAAACGUUGCAAAGUGUGUAGCUAAUAAGAUUUAACCAUUGUAAGAUCCUGGAAUUAAGAACUCCAAGUUAAAAGUUCAAUAUAAAUUGAGCAAAAGUGUUUCAGGAAUAAA